AUGAAGUGGCUGCUUCUGCUCACCUUGGUGGCGCUCUCCGAGUGCAUCUCCUACAAGGUCCCGCUCACCAGAAAGAAGUCCUUGAGGCAGAACCUGAUCGAGAAUGGCAAGCUGAGGGACUUCCUGAAGAAGCACAAAUACAACCCAGCCAGCAAGUACUUCCCCAAGGAGACUGCCACCUUGAUAUCCAACGAGCCCCUUCAGAACUACCUGGAUACGGAGUACUUCGGCACCAUCAGCAUCGGAACCCCCGCUCAGGACUUCACCGUCAUCUUUGACACUGGCUCCUCCAACCUGUGGGUGCCCUCCGUCUACUGCUCCAGUUAUGCCUGCACCAACCACAACCUCUUCAACCCUGAGGAUUCCUCCACCUUCGAGAGCACCAGUGAGACACUCUCCAUCACCUACGGUACCGGCAGCAUGACGGGCAUCCUCGGAUAUGACACAGUCCAGGUUGGAGGCAUCUCAGACACCAACCAGAUCUUUGGCCUGAGCGAGACAGAGCCCGGCUCCUUCCUGUACUACGCUCCCUUCGACGGCAUCCUGGGUCUGGCUUACCCCAGCAUCUCCUCCUCCGGGGCCACUCCUGUCUUUGACAACAUAUGGGACCAGGGUCUGGUUUCCCAAGACCUCUUCUCCGUCUACCUGAGCAGCAAUGAGGAAAGCGGCAGCGUCGUGCAGUUCGGUGGCACCGAUUCUUCUUACUACACGGGAAGCCUGAACUGGGUGCCUGUUUCUGUUCAGGGAUAUUGGCAGAUCACCGUGGACAGCAUCACCAUGAAUGGAGAGUCCAUCGCUUGUAGCGAUGGCUGCCAGGCCAUUGUUGACACCGGUACCUCUCUGCUGACUGGCCCAACCAGUGCCAUCUCCAACAUCCAGAGCUACAUUGGAGCCAGCGAGGAUUCCUCUGGUGAAAUGAUGGUCAGCUGCUCCUCCAUUGACAGCCUGCCUGACAUCAUCUUCACCAUCAACGGUGUCCAGUACCCUGUUCCCCCCAGUGCCUACAUCCUGGAGAGCGACGAUACCUGCUUCAGCGGAUUCGAGGGCAUGGAUGUCUCCACCUCCUCCGGAGAGCUCUGGAUCCUGGGUGACGUCUUCAUCCGCCAGUACUACACCGUCUUUGACAGGGCCAACAACAAAGUCGGCCUGGCUCCCGUGGCCUGAGCCCAAGUCUUUCCAGCCACUUCCCAGGAAGAUCCCGUCCUAGUUCUGUCCCCCAUCUUCGAUGUAGAUAAUUCUCCUGAUUGUUCUUCCUCUGGGAUUGUGGAGGUGGAAUCUUGGCCCUGUUCCCUGUUACACCAAUAACAUAGAAUAAAUCAUAACCUUCU